AUGGUGACGGUGCGCUACAUCUGCCCCCCGAACUCCAUUCCCCGCAAGUGUACACACAUUGUCACGGCAGAGGGCGCCCACCGCACCAUCGAGAUUGUUGGUCAGGUGGGCCUCGCGCCUGAUGGAUCGCUUCCGGAGGACUUACGAAGGGCAGGUCCAGCAGCAUUCAAUUAUCUCCAGCACGCGGGCUCACCAACCGUCACCCGGCUGAGGUACUAUGUUGUGGGCUACAAAUACCCCGAGAGCCUAGCCGCCAUCACUGCCGCGAAGAGGCUCGUGACUGCCGAGGACGAACCGCUACCCACCAGCGUGCUCGUCGGUGUACCCGCUCUUGGGCAUCCAGCGCUAUUGUUUGAGGUGGAAGCCACUGCUGUUGCGAAACUAUGGGGGAAUUGCAAGCAGGCCGUUGGGGAAAAGCUGGGCGAAGUUCCUGGGGAAGAUUGA